GCAAGUUCACCUGGCAGUGGUGAAGAUGGAGGGCGGCGGUAAUGGAGGACUGACCGGGAAUAAUAAGCAGAAUAAAGCGAUGUUAGCCGGGAAAGGUCGAGCCGAAUUCACGCGAAAUCCGAGGAAAGAUUCCGAGGGGGUCUGUGAGGCUCCUGAUCUAGAGUUUGAGUAUUUUGACUCUGAUAAAUGGGCUGCUGAACUCUCAGAACUGUACAGCUACACUGAGGGUCCAGAGUUUCAGCUCAACAGGAAAUGUUUUGAUGAGGAUUUACACACACACAUGUGUGAGAAGCGCUGGGUGGACCUCAGUGUGUCAGAGCAUCGGGCUCAUGCUCUGCGUUUGCUGGAUGGACUGGACAUAACCUGCAGAGUUAAAAGGUUGAAGGCCGCCAGGGCUGUGCUCUACAUGGCCCAAGGGACGUUUGCGGAAUGCAGCUCAGAGGCGGAGCUUCAGUACUGGGUGAGGUAUAAUGUGUUCCUACUGCUGGAGGCUGGAACAUUUUCUGCUCUGGUGGAGCUGCUCAACAUGGAGAUCGAUAAUAAUGCAGCUUGCAGCAGUGCAGUGAGGAAACCUGCAAUAUCCCUUGCCGACAGCACUGACCUCAGGGUUCUCUUAAACAUCAUGUAUCUGAUUGUGGAGACGAUUCGGCAUGAAGAUCCUGCAGAUCCUCCGGAGUGGAGAUCUUUAAGAGAAACCUUUAAAACUGAGCUGGGCUCUCCACUGUAUAACAGUGACCCAGUUUCUGUGAUGCUCUUUGCCAUGGUAACCAAGUUCUGCAGUGGCCACGCCCCCCACUUCCCCAUGAAGAAAGUGUUGCUGCUGCUCUGGAAAAGCAUUCUGUUCACAUUGGGAGGCUUUGAGCAACUGCAGAGUCUGAAAGUCUGCAAGAGGGCGGAGCUUGGUUUGCCCUGCCUUCCUGAAGACAGCAUCAGAGUGAUGAAGAGCAUGAGGGCCUCGUCUCCGCCCACCUCAGCCUGUGACAUCAUUGACCAACAACAAAGACGCACACGCAGAGAACACAAGGCCCUGAUAAAGCAGGAGAAUCUGGAGGCCUUUAAUGAGAAGGAUCCCUUUAAGGCAGAGGAUGCACGGGAGGAAGAAGAGGAGAGUGAUGAUAAUGAAAAUUCUUUAGAGGCAGAACCUUUUCCUCUGGAGCGUGAUGAGGUCAUGGUCCCAACUGUUCCUCACCCCUCCUCUGACAGAGUGUCCUUCCCUAAAGGGCUUCCGUGGGCUCCAAAAGUCCGGGAGAAAGACAUUGAGAAUUUUUUGGAAUGCAGCAGGAGUAAAUUCAUUGGCUAUACACUGGGAAAUGACACAGAUACAGUGGUGGGUUUACCCCGGCCAAUCCAUGAGAGCAUCAAAACUCUCAAACAGCAUAAGUAUGUCUCCAUUGCAGAGGUUCAGAUCUCAAAGGAGGAAGAAUAUCAGAAAACUCCACUGUCUGGGGGUGAGGAGCAGAUUGAGCUGUGUGCCACUGAGCUGCUGUAUCAGGGAAUUUUACCCAGCCUGCCCCAGUACAUGAUCGCUCUUUUGAAGAUCCUGCUUGCUGCUGCUCCCACAUCAAAAGCAAAGACAGACUCCAUUAACAUCCUCGCUGAUGUUCUACCAGAAGAGAUGCCGACCACAGUGUUACAGAGUAUGAAGCUGGGUGUGGAUGUGAACCGCCAUAAAGAGAUCAUUGUUAAAGCAAUCUCUGCUAUUUUACUGCUCCUGCUAAAACACUUCAAACUGAACCACAUCUACCAGUUUGAGUACAUGGCUCAGCACCUUGUCUUUGCUAACUGCAUCCCGCUGAUCCUAAAGUUCUUUAACCAGAACAUCAUGUCAUACAUCACUGCAAAAAACAGUUUUCUGUUGUUGGUGCUGGGCGGGGCUUACACACAGACCAACGCCCUGACUACCUUUUGGUCAGCUAUCCACGGCUUUCCUGUGAGAGACAAUGGGGGUUGCCAUGACAACCGCCUCUCCCGGAUGCCGGUCUUUGAUUUCUGGUUUAUUCAGGCAGCUGAGGCUGAGGGAGCCGAACGUAGCUGAGCGGAGCUACGACAACCAUGUUUUAGUCAGAGGAUAACGUCUUGUUCUGGUUUAACGUGUGCUGUCAUCGGGUGCACAAAGGACUCGUGAAAGCUUAAAGAUUUUAUGAAGAGAAUGUGUUUUGAACACAAAUGGAUUUAUAAGACGUGUUGUCCAGCACCGUACACGGCUCAUCUGUCCAUGCGAUUCCGGUCUUUCAGGUCUUUUGGACCUGAAUCAACAACAUUAAUUCUGUGUGAUUGUUGUUUAGAUAUUGUACAUUAUUCAAACUUUACACUCCAUUACAGUCAUUUAGCUGACCUUUUUAUUCAGAGGGACUGACAGCAAGUGCAUGUAGCUUCAGUAGCCGAGAGAAUCUGAGAGCAACCAGUGCUGAAGUACGAGUGUAAACAAACAGCCUACAAAUCCCAUCCAAUAUCUGGAAUGAUCAGUGUAGUUAAGAAAUUGAAGAAGCUUGGACAAAAACAUCAACAAGGAAUUAUUUAAGUAUGGUAUGCUUAUUGUUUUCAAAGUUUGACAGCAUUUGCAUUAAAAUGGUGAGCCUGUGCUUCUCUCCCAGCUUGUGCUUCUUGAGCCAAUACAAGACAUAUUACGGUACCGUGGGCUGGUAGAGUUCUAUUAGACUCGAGCUCAGUGCUGGUGGUUAAUACGGUUCUGGUUAUGGUAUUCAGCAGACGCUUUUGUCCAAAGCAACUUACAAUAUAUAAACACUACAUUAUUAUUAAACCAAUACAAUAAUACACUCUGACAGAGCCGACCUUCCAGAUGCGAGCUGCUGCAUGACUGCAGGAUUUAUUUCCCUUUCUUUGCUCUGGCGAAGCUCAACCUCAGCCUUUAAGCAAACAAACUCGCCCUCUCUCUCUUUUACACAUAAUUUUGCCAGUGUUAUUACUGUGUAGAUAAUUGUACGCCUCUGUGCUUUUGUAGUUCCUUCGCUCCUCACCAUUAACACCCUCAUUCAAAAUAAAAUAGUUGACAAUGUCAACAUAGCUGACGUCAGGUCACAACUUCAUGUCGUCUAUCCAUUCCGUGAAGGGAGGUGGAUGGGGCACUUUGAUUGUAUUAUCCCCAGAGCACGUCAGAAAAUCGGACCCGUGUAACCAUCUUUUACUCAUCUUUGAUCUAGCAGUUAGCGUUAGCUACAAAUGUCAACACAGUGGAGUGGAAGAAAGAUACCGGUUUCUGCUAUGACGCAGCAAUGACUCAUGGGAAAGGUUAGAGUUCAGGAAAGUUGUGGAUACUUUAGAUUGAAAAGUUCUCUCACCUUUAGCCACACCCACUUCACACACUGAAGUUAAACAACAUAAUUAGCUAGUUUAUUGUAUAAAUUUACAAUUAAACUAUUUGUGUGUGUGUGUGUUUU